AGGUACGUUAAUGAUUUUUUGGCGAGCACAAAGGUGAAGAUUAAAUCUUCCACCUUUUCAAAGAAUUACAUUCAACCGCAGCCGGGAGUACCUCUAGGGACACCUGAAAGUCCUGGUAUCGAUGAGGGAAUUCCGAUCAGUACCGAUAAUCAAGUGAAUCUAGAAGAUUCCCCUCGCAUCUCCGAGCCAACCAAAAUUAUUCCAGAGGAACCACAAGUGACUGAUGAACAAAUAUUACAGCAGAAGCAUGUGAUAUUUGAAGAACUUGUUGAAGACAAUGUAGAGCCGUCUGACACCUCAUACGGAAGAAUUCCUCGUGGGCGAGCACCGAGUCUUGGGGUCGCCAGUCUAGUUCCAAGUUUUGGAAAGAUGAUAUCUUCCCUGGAAUACUCGGACUCCGUGGGAAGUCGAUCAUCAAUCGAAAGCCCUCCUGAUGAUCUGAAUGUCAUGGAGGGAGGGAGUCCUCCAAGAUCUCCUACACUUCGUCAAACACCGGACAUAAGAUCUAGAUUUUUUUUGGAACCACCUGCUAUUCAGUAUCCUAGUAAGAGCGUUUACCCCGAGGACAAGCAAUUCUUAGAUUCUAGGAGCCGAUUUUUCGGACGCACUUCUCUCAAGGAGAUACCGCAACCAAGACGAUAUCCACAUUGGCCGAGGCAUACAAUAAUUCACACAAUUCGAGCCCUGAAGACCAUGAAAACGAGGACUAGAGCAAGUGAUGCUUCUCAUCACAAGCAGACGACAUUUGGUUCGUCUGUUCUUCUUCAAGGACGUUCCAUUGCGGAGAAAUCGUCGAGUUCUAGUGUUGAACAGGAAGGGGGUCAGUCUCCGGAUUCAAUUUUUCCAAUCAUUGAAAAGAGUACUGGGGCAUCAGGCAGUUCAACAAGUUCAUCGAACGAGAGUACGGAGGAGACAGUUUUGAGAAGCUUUCCGACGAAAUUACCCUCAGAAAAAUCGAAACUAGUUCCUCUGAUUCGAAAACCCUCAUUAAAACUUGAAGAUUUGCCGCCAAUGGGGGGAAUGUAUCAACGGAAGAAGAGGAACAAGUGUUUGGCAUGUAUGUGCAGGGCGAAGUUCGAGGUUAAAGCAAUUUUCAAACGGAUUGAUGAAGUCGAGGAGAUGUCCCCUUACAAAUCAGUAAUUUCAGAAUUUGACAAUCUCCUCGCUGCGAAAUUUACGGAAAAAAUUACAAGAGCGCGAAAGAGAUUGGAAUUUAUGACUGAGGAUGAAGUGAGCCCCCUUCCGGAAGACCAAAAGGUAAGUGCGAAAUCAAAUACACUGCAUGACAAUGGGGAACGGCGACCGAUGAGGACUAGUACUCUGGAGAAAAAAUUUCCACAAAGUUCCGUGAAAGAUGAUCUCAUCUCCACUAAGUCAUUUGUUUCGACGUUAUCUCUUACAUCAGAUCAAUCAAGAACAGUUUCUGACCAUGAAGAUUCUGAUCAUUCUGGCCUAGAACCAGGGGCUGAACCUGGAGAAGAAAUUCCAGGAACAGGUUCUCAAUUUCGAGCGCCUUGUCAUGCACCGUUGAAUCUAAAACCUAGUCUCGAACCUCUGAUGGCAAUGAAAGGGAAAAAAUCGAAAUCAAUACAAUCACGUUCGGCUUCUCUUGAGAAGUCCCUGGAUGAGGGAAGUGAAGAUGACAGUGAUCGUGACGAUGACGAUGAUGGUGAAGAUGGAGUUGCCAAAGUGGCAGAGCAAGUUGUGAAAAAAUUACCUUCUGUCAAAUCAACAGAUGGUCAAGUUUCGAAUACUGCGACGAAUGAAAAGAAGGAUCAAGUUAUCCCAUCGCAAUCGCUCAAACUGGUAUCGCCAGGGGAGGAUCAAGACCAUCAUAAAGUGAAGCCUACACGUGACAGACCAAUUACCCUGACAUCAAAUAGAAAAUCAUUAUCUGAAGAAAUCUACCAUCAACUGAACGUCAAGAUCAGAUCAACCGAUCACAAUCCCAGUCGUUCAUUCGAUCCUCUCACUCCAGUGAUGUCAGACUCUGAAAUAAUGGAGAUGGUACAGCAAUCUCUCGACACCCAAAAACCCAUCAAAGACAUUCUUUUCUCGUUAUCAGAAGAAUACACACAAAAGAUAUCGACAAUGUUAUUCACCAACGCAUCAUCAGGUGAUCAUAAUUCUCAAAAAAUCGCAAAAAUAACGAAUCGUCUGCUGACGCUACUAGUAGAUUCCAAACUCUACCUCCAUCCCGAACUCACUUCCUCUAACCUCGAAUUUGCCUCCAAACAGAAAUCCUACUGCAAUUCCCAGCAGCUGAGGCGAUUUCUUCCUUUCAAGUCCUACAAUCUUGUUGCCCCAAUUCUGGGAAUGCCAGAGUGGCACCCAAAGCGCUGGUCCGCUCUAAAAAGCGCCAGAAGUUUCAAAGCCGGAUUCAAAACAAAGAAGGUAACAACAGUGGUGGAGGAUCCUUCAUCUGUCUCCGCUGUUUCAGCGAGAACGGAAAGCGGUGAUGACGUCGACUUGAUUGUGCAUCCUCCAUCACCGAGGGCAUCUCUCGACGAAGAAUAUCACAAGCAAAAGAAGAUGAAUCCUUAUGCUGCCUUCCUCAGCAAGCCUAGGCGAAAAGCAGUGAUUUGGCGACCUCUAGUGGAACGAGAUCUCGAAGGAUACGAUCCUGAGUCAACAUUGAAAUAUCGGGCUGCCAGAGUAACAGACAAAAUCUGCAAGGACUUCUGCGACUGGUUGAGAUCCCUCGGAGGAUCUCACGAUACCAUCGACGAGGACAUUCUCAAGGACAUGUUCGAGACAGACUUCACAGCUGAAGCUUGCCGAACAAUGCGGAUCUGCGUGAGAGAGAUGCCCAUGGUACCGACUGUCGUAGCAGCGAUGAGGCAUUGCCCGGAGAGUGGUGAACCGCAAGUUACCAGACGGCAACUUAUCAGGGAUGUUCGGGCAGAGAGGAAACCCCCAAAAAUACUGGGCUUCGGAUCGACUGUUCCCCAUCACCUGCGAUAUAUACCUCCUAACAAUAACGUCUAUCGCAAGUGGAUUCACUGUGCAAAUGUUCCCCAGGAUCUCGAGAGUAUGAGUUUCGUUUGGAAAGACAUCACUCAUUUGGACAGCGUCAAAGGCUUCGCUAAUUGGCUCCGUAAACAACCCCACGUCAAGCUACCGCUGGCUCUUCACAGAUUGAAAAAGAAAAAAUAAGAAAUAUGGAACUCUUCAAGAGUCUUUGGGACCAAGAUAUUGAACGGAAUUAAUAUCGAUAGGAAUCCUGUGCAUUAAUUACCCCCAAUUUGUUGAAUCAAGUUUAAAUAAUGACCGGAAUAUAGCUCUACGCAACUUUGAAUUGUUGGAGAAUUAUAAUGAUGUUUAAUUGGGAAUAUGCGUAUACGAAAAGUUUUGUACUUGAUGAAACCGUAAAUUCAGCACGAUCUUAAUGAAUAUGAAAGCUAAUUCCCUCUCAUCGAAUAUUGAUCCGAGUGACUGGUUGCUGCUUCUCGCUAUAAAUAUGGUGAGACAGAAUGUCAAAUGUGGAACGCUAAGAUUUGCGCCUGUCUGUGACAAGAAAUCACCGGGGGAUGUUUGCAGAGAAAGAUAAAUGUCUCAUUAAACAGCUCCAUCUGUCGACACGACCUCUAUCAUUAUCAAGAUGUUCUCGCACCUUGUGCUUCUAAUUAACCCGGUUAUUUAAUGAAUUUUCAAUUUUUUUUACGUUGAACGAGGCAAUGAUGAAAAAUCAAUCGAAAAAUUCUACUCACAUCAAC